AUGCGGUUUUGUGUUGACUACCGCCGCCUGAACGACGUUACGAAGAAGGACAGCUAUCCCUUGCCUAGAAUUGAUGACACGCUGGACAUGCUCACAGGCGUAAAAUGGUUUAGUACGCUGGACCUGAAAAGUGGCUACUGGCAGGUUGAAAUUGACCCUAAGGACAAGGAGAAAACUGCAUUCUCCACAGGAAAGGGUCUGUGGCAAUUUAAAGUCAUGCCGUUUGGAUUGUGCAAUGCUCCAGCAACGUUUGAAAGGUUGAUGGAGCUUGUACUUACCGGCCUAAUUGGAGAUGCCUGUCUGGUUUACUUGGAUGACAUCAUCAUCGUAAGCCGUACGUUUGAGGAACACCUUCAAAAUAUGGAACGCGUGCUCGUGAAGAUCCAGAGUACCAACCUCAAGUUGAGUCCGAAGAAGUGCUCACUAUUCAAAUGGCAAGUUAGCUUUUUGGGGUAUUUAGUGUCGGAAGAAGGUAUCCGCACGGAUCCAGAGAAAUUUGCCGCUGUCAAGGAGUGGCCGCUUCCAAGAGACAAGACACAGGUUAGAGCAAUUUUGUGUUUGUGCUCUUAUUAUCGGCGAUUUGUGAAGAACUUUGCAGAUAUAGCCAAACCUCUGCACAAGCUAACCGAGGAGAAACGACAUUUCUGCUGGGAUGAAAGUUGCGAUAUUGCAUUUCAGUAG